AUGGCGGAUGAUCAGGAUGACGGUUUGUUUCAGAAAGUCCACAAUUUUAUUUGCGGUAGCGGCGGUUUUGUUGAAUUACCAGUUCUUUUCAGGCGUCCUGCACCUCUGGGUAGCAGGAAAUCUGCGCUGGAAUCGAGAAAGUGGCUUAACAAUCGGAGUGAAUUCGUCUUUGUGAAAGAUCACAAUGGCGAAGAGAAAGGUGUGCGAAUCAAUUUGAGAAAAAAAGUCUGCCAGCAGUAUGUUGUGAAAGGCUCAUGUCGACGGGGUCAGAAUAAGUGCAAACACUGGCAUAUCUGUAAAAGCUUCAUCGAAGAAGAAUGCAAUGGAGCUUGUGGUCUCUCUCAUGACUUCCAUGACCAUGGAAACGAUAACAAACUAAAAGAACUUGGACUGGAGAAGUAUUCGAAUGGAAGUUUGAGAAAAAUUAUUGCUUGGAGUCUGCCGACGAUCUGCGAACUGUACUUGAGAAGUGAAUGCAAAUAUGACAAAUGUCCAUAUCUUCAUGUUUGUGCUAAAGAGGCGCUUGGUCUCGCUUGCGAUUGUUUACUUUCACACAGCCUCACCGAUUGUCACAACAUGAAUAUUCUCAAAGAAUACGAUUUAGUGCCACCAAAUCAAAUUGUCAACGUCGACUUCGUUCGUUGUAGUAUUUUAGUUUUGGAUAAACAGCGGUGUGUAACUUUAAGCGAAGAUAUGGCUGCUGUCACACCAAAACCAGCUCCAAGCCGCUUCAAGAAUAGCUCAGCGGUCAGUGUUUUCUUUGAUCGUUUAUGCAAGGAAUUUAGCUGUUCGGCAUCCUUAGCAAAUCUUCUUGAUCAGAAAGUUGUUCUUCCGAGCGAAGUUGAAGAUUUUGAAUCGCUGGUUGAAGAAAACAAAGAUAAGUUCUUGGUCACCCGCAAUGAGCGUGGGGAUAUUCAAGAUGUGGCAGCAUUCUGUCCAAACCUGCGUUUGUGUCGCAACUUUGUGUCCUUGACCAAUGAGUGCGGAAAUAAUCUGUGCCCAAAUUUUCACUUGUGUAGAAAAUUUGUCACGGGGACCUGUAUUCAUGGCGAAAGCUGUUCCAGAAGCCAUUCCUUUCGAAACAAGAGAGACUCGGAAACGCUGUCGAGUCUUCACUUAGACGAGCUAACAGAUGAGCAGCUCCGCCAACUUAUGAUGUCAUCAUCUCCUCAAGUUUGCCCGGAUUACAAUGACAGCGGCUGCAACAGAGACAAUCUUUGCAUCCGAGUCCACAUUUGCAAGAGGUUCGUGAUGAAUGCGUGCAGAAAGAGAAAGUCCUGCUGUUUAGAUCACAAGCAGGCCCUCGAUACCCUCCACACCAGCUCUAUACUUGAGAAGUAUAAAAUAGAUGACACUAACCUUAACCACGUUUUGAGGGAUUUAUUAGUUUGUGACGAACACAAAAGCGCAUGUGGCUCUAGUAUUGACCCAACUAUGGGAAGGACAAAUUCUGGAUCUCUAGGUGGCCUGAAUAGUUUGCCGGCCAAAGACGGAGAUUUUGUCGAAAAGUGGUUGAUGGACCUUGAACCUGAAAAAAGCGCUUCUUCCCAGACCAGAAUUAAGGCGCAGCGGCAGAAGAGGCGAUCAUCCGUAUCAAGUUCUUGUAGCUCUGUAGCACCUCAAAAUAAAUCCAAUCCUUCUAAGAAAACUGUAUUCAAAGGCAUUUGUAAGGAACACAAUGGGACGGUUCCCUUUUCAAUAAUUUCCCAAAGACGAGAUUUAUUUAGCACAGGAAAUUCACAGGACAUUGCUCACUGGUUUCGACAAAGAAAUGAUAAAUUUCUUCUCACAGAGGACUCAGCAGGUAAUAUCUUGGAGGUCACUUCGUUUUGUCCAAAAGCAAGAUUGUGCUUCAACUACUUGACGUCGCAAGUUUGUUCAAGAGAGGACUGCCAGUUUUUUCACGUUUGUAGGGAAUUCAUAGCAGGAUCCUGCAAAUUCUUCAGCCGAUGCAAAUGGCGACACAAUUUCCAGUUUGACGAAGAUCGCGGCUUCAUCACCAAACUCGAGUUGGGUGAUCUUACGCAAGAAGAGCUUCGUAAAGUCUUGCGGUUCUCGAUGCCACAAGUUUGUUUAGACUACAACUCUGGAGGCUGUAAAAAAGAUCCUUGCGACCAGAUACACAUUUGCAAGGACUACGUUAGGCGGAAGUGCAACGAUUUCGACGACUGUGAUUUGCAGCAUGAAAGUGCACUGGUGACUCCUCGUGCAUCUGAAAUAUUUGAAAAAUAUGGCCUGACAUGCUCAGAUUUAAGCACCAAGUCUAUGCUUAAGGAGGUCCUAGUUUGUGAGAGGUCUUCGAGCAUUCGCCAAGAAAGCCGAUCAAGCAGCGUUAGUAGUCUAAGUGCUACGAGUCUGAGUAAAUCGCGAAGACUACAUGUACAGUUAGAUGAUGAUUUUGUUUCUUCAGUUAAACGGGCUUUCCCCACGGUAUCUGAUGGCUCUGAUCCAAACAAUACCAAAUGGACCCCUUGUUGGCCAGACGAACAACAGGUCUUCGAAUGUUUGUGUACAGAGUACGACUGCUCAGCUUCCUUUUCCGCGAUCGGAAAACGAACUGACCUAUUCCCUCAUGGGCCAGAUAGUGCUGAAUCUUGGUUUCUCAGAAGAAAAGGCAGCUUUUUGAUCAUUGAAAACGAAAAGGGAAAAAUUUCCCAAAUUGAGGCAUUCUCUACGAAGGCGCGUCUGUGUUUAAACUACACCAGUAAACAGCAGUGUCAGAAGGUUAACUGCCCUAACCUCCAUGUUUGCAAAGAUUACAUUACCGACUCCUGUAGCCGUGAAGAGAUGUGUCCUCUUAAUCACCACGUCCAUAAUAGAAGAGACAAAGCCUUGUUGGUUACCUUUAAGUUGGACAUGUUAACAGAGCAACAACUCCGCCAGCUUGUGCUACUAUCUACUCCUCAGCUUUGUGUCGACUACAAUAACGGGAUAUGCUCUCGUGGACAUUCUUGUCGUAAGAUUCACAUAUGUUGUGGUUUUCUUAGAAAAUGCUGCAGAGGGGAGCAUCUCUGUACUCUAGAUCAUGAAGCAGCCUUGAAAACUAACCACUCCCGCGUUGUUUUUGACCGUCUACAGAUCAGCAAUCUCAGCAGCAACGACAUGGUGAACAUCAUUUUUGAUGAUAGGCUCAGUCUGUCAGGAAAAGACAAAACAAACUGUAAGUUUGAAUAUCAUCAGUAUUCUAAUAAGAUUAUAGUCAAGUAAACUACACUAUUCGAAUUAUGUUACGAGAAAACAGCGUCUUAACUCCUUGAUAGCGGGAACCUAUGUAUUUUCACCCUUAGCAAAUUUCAUUGUACUAUGAGAACAAUCGUAAUCAAGCAAAUUUUCCUCUAGGAUUUCUUAAAUUGCGUUCGUUAUGGACAUUCGAAUACAUUUGUUUUACUGGUAAAGCCGCCAUGAUAUAAAUAUUGGUAAAAACAUUUUAGCAUUUUUCUGUUUGAUUUAGCAGGUAGCAUUCAUUAUGACAGUCCGGAUACACCCAUCUGCUCACGUUUUCUAAGUGGUGAAUGCCAGAAAGGCGUACGAUGCUUGAAACACCACUGUUCUUUGCCCUACCACUGGCAGUACGAGGUCCCGCAAGCCUUAUACCAGUGGAAAAGCUUCUCUGAGAUGGACAACUUAACGUUGGAAAAACUGUACUGUGACGUUAGCAUCGAUACCCUAGUAAAUUUCAAGCCUACCCAGUUCCCUGACGUAUCUUUGCUUAAGAGGCAAGUGAUCAGAAAGAUUUCGAAUCACAUUUACAGAAAACGACAAACGUCAAAUUUAAAUUUAAAUUCAAAAUGUUCUAAGAAAAAAGCAGAUAAGAUACAAAGAUAAUAUGAUUCUUCGACGGCUCUUGAUGGAACCGAAUUUUGGUAGAUAUAAUGAAAAGUAAAUGGCUAAUAUUGGGGAAAACUUGGUCACGUGGUGUAAGCCGGCUUUUGCCGUGAGUGUUUGAUUUUUUAAGCCUCUCUAUUGCCAUGAUUACUUCAGUUACUGAAUGGUAAGGGCGGGUAUGUAUUCCAUUUGAGACAGACAAGUUAACUUCGGUGAACUUGAAGUCAGUUAUGGAUAUAUGUGCUGUAGUACUAAGUAAAGUCCGUGGAUGACAUCUAAAGGCGUGACUAUCAAGUGAAAGCUACUGAAAAGUUCUUUUUUAAAGCUGUACAAAUGUUGUCCUUAAACGUUCGUCUGUGAUUAGAGUCCAGUGGUGUCCUUUGAAAUCUAACCUAUUCAGCGGUAGGUGGUGCUAGUUGUUUUUUAUCAUUUUACAAACGAAAAUGUAGACAUUCGACUCGGGGAACAGCUUGGGAGUAAACGGGGUAAACUUAACGAUGCUUCUCUUCUUUCUUUAAAUUUCUACUCAAGAGCUCGUUAUAUUCGAAAAAAAGAAGCCUUCAGAUAGUUAGCUGAUUAAGUAGAUUCCCUAUCCAGUGGGUAAGGUCAAUGCUUACUGAACUGCCGGUUUUCAUUCUCUUUCAGUAUACCUGGGAUCACCACGGUUAACGAUUAUGAGACUAAAAUCGACUUAAGCAAUAUGCUCAUGCAUUUGACACCACCGUGUUCUCAUCUUGGCCUCAAAACUAAGUUGAGGCGGCUAUCGACGAUUGCUUUAGUCCAAGAGCCCUGUGAAAUCAUGCAAACUGAAUGGACUUGGUACUGGAAAGAAAAUGGCAACGUAUGGCUUAAGUAUGGGAAUGACCGUUCGGUAAGAUCAACAAUAACUGUCCCGUGACAAUUACUUAGUGGGUUAUAUCGUAAUUUUUUCUCGCCUAUCUUCCCCUCCCAUCUCUCUAUCUCUCCCGCUCUCUUUUCCCCUCCCCCCCCUCUCUCUCUCUGGCCCCUUUGAGAGUGACACCCAACUGACACCCUAAGUGAAAUUUUCAACCCGAUAUUUGUAGACUCUCUCGUUGCUUAACCUUUUAAUGCCAAAGCCUUCAUUUGUUGAUAAUAUCCUGUUAUAGGGAAGAGAUCUUCAGCUUCUUAUAGAGCAGGCCUUCUUGGACGGGAGCAAGCAAAUGAAAUUCAAAACUGCACAGCAUGAAUACAACUUAUUCUUUUAUUCAAGUUCUUCUUUUGCUCAAGUUAACCUGAAAACUGGCACCAAACGAGCGGUGAAAAGAAGACCCCAGGAGUUUGUGUCUCUUGAAAACAUCGAAGACCUGAAGUGGUACGUUUUCAAUAUAAUCUUCAUUGCAAUACUGUUGUAGAAAACUGCUGUAAUGAAGAGUGAAAGUUUGGAAAGCAUGUUUCGGAUAAUUUAGUUUCUAAGGUUUACUUUCAAGGGAUUAACAUUUGCUUUUGCCACAGUAUGUUUGACUACAUAGGUCACCCAUUUCAUAGUUAAUAGAGUGGGCCAUACAUGGGCAGUUAGUUGUACCUUUUCUAAUUUAAUAGAAUGUUAAAUUGAAGGUAAUAAAAUAGAUAUUUUUUUCUUUUGAAGGAGAAAUGGUGAUUCUUGUCUCAGGGAGCAAAUACGCAAAAGAAGCGCAAAGUACAAAUACAUUCCCACCAACUGGUCCUCCGCCAUACCACCCAACUCACAGUAUGAACGUGUGUUGUUGUUCUCUCAUGAGGAGGAGUAUAAAACUGUUGAGCAGUUGUUCAGACGCACUAUGAACGACGGCUUCAAGAUCCAGAGCAUUCACCGGGUACAGAACCCGUUCAUGUGGGAGAAAUACUGCAGGUAUUAGUACAUACAUUUUAUCUCCUAACAAAACUGCAUUCAAGAAUGUCAUAGCAAGAUGACCUUAAACUGGAGCCACAAAUGAAACAAAAAAAAAACGUUUCUGUAAUUUCUUCAAUAAGAACAAAAGUUGUAAACGGCACUUGUUGUUUAACACGUCAAAUUAAUAUGCACUUAUAACUAUGUACAUCAUACGACAUGCGGGUAAAAUAGUUAGCGCGUGACAGAAGUUCUUUGGGGAUUGAGUGUUUUUUAUAUUUCCAUCAAACACUUGAGAGAGUGUUUUGUGAUAUCCAGAUAUCCCUGACCUCGAUGUCUAUUUUAAAUCUUGGCCGCGUCUUGUUUUUUCAGUCUACUCACCAGUGUCACUAUGCGGAUCUCAGACGAUACACUUCCUUCUCAAAUCAUUUAAUAAUUCGUGAACAGAAGACGAGGAAAAUCACCGUCUUGAAGGUGGCUUAAAAAAUCAAAUCUUUAGUUUGCCAUAAAAUUUUGCGCGAAAGCGGAUUUGAGAAACUAUAUAAAACACUUAUUAAAAGUUUCAGUUUACACCUCAAAUGAAACACCUCUUUCUCGUUUUUAACAUAGUUUGACUUUCUUAAGGAAAAAAGAAAACAUGAUGGCAGUGGCAAAGGGCAACCAGCAAACUGUCAAUGAGAAGCAGUUGUUUCACGGAACUAGCCCUGAUGCUGUGGAAGCCAUCUGCAAACAAAACUUCGACUGGCGUUUACACGGAAAGAAUGCCACCAAGUACGGCGAGGGAAGCUACUUCGCAGUAAAUGCCUCUUACAGCCACACCUAUGCCAAGAAAAGUUCAAGUUCUGAUAUGUUUAUGUUCGUAGCCAAGGUUCUUGUGGGUUUCUAUAUUACCGGUAAUUCCAGUUAUCGAAGACCGCCGUCAAAGAACCCUUCGGAUCCUGCAAGUGAUCUGUACGACUCGUGUGUUGAUAACCAAGUUAGGCCAACCAUUUUCGUUGUCUUUGACACCGAUCAGUUCUAUCCCGAGUACAUCAUUCAGUAUGAUUCAACAGUGUCUCACACAACUUAUGCCAGUGGCUCUGCCUUACCACAACCAGGCAAUCUUAAGCGCCCACCGGUAAGAGCAAGGCCAGGAGCAAAGCCAAAUGAUACUAGUGCUUACUAUGCCCCGCAACCACCAACUACAGUACCGUCGCGACCAAAUCUUUCCAGCUCCCAACCACUAAAGGGCAUUCUGAAGCACCCGGCAAGUUCGAAUGUUUCUGUAACGUCUAGUCUAAACGUAACAGACACACCAAGUAGUUAUUCCCUAAGUACGACUAGGCCGUCACAGAGUCCAAGGUACGUUGCACAGAGGCCAACUCAUGUUGCUCCAGCAGCCAAUUCUAGUGUUUCUGUGACGUCUAGCCCAAACGUGACAGGCGCAGGAAACAGUUAUUCUCUAAACACGACGAGUUCGUCACAGAGGCCAAGGCACGUUGCACAGAGGCCAACUCAUGUUGCUCCAGCAGCCAAUUCUAGUGUUUCUGUGACGUCUAGUACAAACGUGACAGGCGCAGGAAACAGUUAUUCUCUUAGCACGACGAGUUCGUCACAGAGGCCAAGGCACGUUGCACAGAGGCCAACCCAUGUUGCUACAGCAGUCAAUUCGAGUGUUCCUUUCUCAGGAAGUAGCAAGUACUCGACAGUAUCGACCAAUAACUCGCUAAGUACCUCUAGUCGUCUGGAUACAAGUUAUACCGCAAGCAGUUCUUCUGCGUCGAAUUUUUAUCACACAGUGGCUAGUUCUAGUCACAUUACACCAACACGCCAUGUUGGAUCUUCCCUGCAGAGCGUUGGUCGAGCAAGUGCCUCAGAUUCUUCUUUUUCCACCCCUUUCAACUCAAAAAGUUCAGUAACAUUCCCGACACCCAAAAAGAAGAAAGACUGUCUAAUUAUGUAA